AUGGCUUCCACCCCCGACGACGCCACUGCGCAUUUCUCCCUGAACGUGGAGUUUUCAGGAGGCCUUGAGAUGCUCUUCUCGGACCAACGCCGCCACUCCCUCACUCUGCCUGCCAAGGACAAGGAUGGCAACCCUUCCAACAUUGCGUAUUUGAUACAUCAUCUUUGCGAGAAUGUCAUGAAGGACACUCGCAAGGAGCUUUUCGUCCUGCAGGAGCAUCUACGACCAGGUAUCCUAGUACUCAUCAAUGAUGCGGACUGGGAGCUGGAGGGAGAAGAAGAAUAUGAGCUGAAGAGCGGCGACAAUAUCCUCUUUGUAUCGACCCUGCAUGGCGGCUAA